GCCCGCCGUGCGCCCAUGUCUCUGCCCGUGGUGCUCCCGGGUUCCUGCUGCCCGGUGGCGGGGCUGUCGGGCGGACCUCAGGGCGGGGGUCCUGGCGCCGCGACCGCCGCCGCCCAGGAGCCGCCACUGCCCCCGCUGCGGCCGCGCUGGCCCCGGGGCGCUCUGCAGCCUCCAGCCCGGCCCCGCUGCGCCCCCGCCGCUGUGCUGGCCCCGCCGCCCGCGCUCGCGUCCCGCCGCCCCGCCGCGCCCGGCUCCGCGCUGCUGCCGGCUCGCCCGCUGCUGUCGCUCGGGCUGCUGCAGCUGAUUCUAGGCUGCUGCAUGGUGGCGCUCAGCUUCGGGGCACUGUCGCUGAGCAGCUCGCCCCAGGUGAAGAACUCAUGCCCGUUCUGGGCCGGCUCCUCGGUGAUACUCUCUGGAAUCAUUGGAUUGACAACUUGGAAAAGGCCUAUGAUACUCCUGGUAAAUCUUUUCGUGCUGCUCUCUGUGGUUUGCAUCCUCUUAAAUCUUGCAGGAUUCAUCCUAGGCUGUCAAGGAGCACAGUUUGUGUCUAGUGUGCCCAGAUGUGACCUGGUGGACUUAGGUGAAGGCAAGAUCUGCUUCUGUUGUGAAGAAUUUCAACCAGCCAAAUGCACAGACAAAGAAAAUGCCUUGAAACUCUUUCCAGUCCAGCCUUGCAGUGCUGUUCAUCUGCUGCUUAAGAAAGUUCUGUUUGCCCUGUGUGCCUUGAAUGCCCUGACCACCACAGUGUGCUUGGUGGCUGCUGCCCUGCGCUACCUCCAGAUCUUCGCCAGCAGAAGGCCUUGUAUUGAUGAAUCCCAGAUGUCUGUGGAAGGUGAAGAGCACGGACGCAUUCCAGACCCAGAUGACUUCGUGCCGCCGGUGCCUCCCCCUUCCUACUUUGCCACAUUUUACUCCUGCACACCACGGAUGAACCGCAGGAUGGUUGGUCCUGAUGUCAUCCCUCUGCCACAUAUCUAUGGAGCACGAAUCAAGGAUGUGGAAGUGUUCUGUCCUCUGGAACCCCCGCCUCCGUAUGAAGCUGUGGUGAGCCAGAUCGACCAGGAGCAGGAGUCUUCAUUCCAAACGCCAGGAGGACCAGAAGCUGGUGCGUGCCCACUGGAGCCAGUUUGCACACAAGUAACUCCAGGUGGGGUUCUUCCUAACACAACUGGUGAAGAAAACACGUCUGCAUCAGCUCCUGUUUCCAACCUGGUGCCACCUCCCAGAAGCCGGAGGGCCUUCCCACCUCUGAGGACAAGGUCAAGGAGCGACCCUCUGCUUCACCACUCAGAGGAGAGAGCCACCCCAGUGCUCAGCUGCGAAGCUGCGACUCAGACAGACAGGAGGCUAGAUCUGGCGGCGGUGACUCUGAGAGGUGUGAGACCAAGGGCAUCGCGAUGCAGACCCCGCUCUUUGGUAGAUUACAGGUCUUACAUAGACACCAAGCUGCUGGUGGCCAGGUUCCUGGAGCAAACCUCCUGCAGCAUGACUCCGGACAUCCAUGAACUUGUAGAAAACAUAAAGUCUGUGCUGAAGUCUGACGAGGAGCACAUGGAGGAAGCCAUCACAAGUGCCAGUUUCCUAGAACAGAUAAUGGCCCCAUCACAGCCCAGCACUUCCCAGGCCCAUGUGCUGACCUCGAGGAGACAGCCAGGCAUGCUGCACCUUCGCAGCUGUGGAGACCUGAGCACCUUCUCCCUGGCAGGAAGGCCUAGAGCCGAGAGGAGACCCCAGCAGCGAGCUGAGGCUGAGCGGCCACACAGCCUCAUCGGUGUCAUUCGAGAGACUGUCCUGUGAACUGAGGGACAUGGAAGGCCAGUCCAAAGGAUGGAUGUCCUUCCUCAGUGCUGUUUACUUUCUGGGAGUUGGGGGUCCCCCCUGGGAACCUCUCAACAGGGGUCCUUGGGAGAACAUUUAUUCCUGCUCUUUGGCUCCUUUUUGUGCUGAUGAGGGCACUAAGGUGAACUGGGGUGAAGUAGGUCCCUUCCGGUAGGUGUGCUCCCAGGUGGAAGUGAAAGCGUGGAGCUCUCCAUUUUCUGCUGCAUCUUGCGGCAUCCCCGGGGCACGCACUGGGUGAGCAGAAAACAGGCUCAAGAGUCUCUGCCUGCCUCACCCCUUACGGCUCUUGUUGUUGCCAAGUCCAUUCCCUUGCUGUAAGGGGAGAGCUGCUGGGCUAUUUAUAGCUGCCUGCGGCCUUUGGAUGCUCAGUGAGAGGAAUUGGCAGGAGACAUGAGGAUUAACCCCAUGUGACUGUGGUCCUCCAGCCUCCUUUGGGUUACCCCCCAAUCCCACCCUCUUGAGGAAAAACCGGAGACCUGCUAAGUGGUGAUUUUUUUAAUGAAGGGCAUUAAGGGAGAGGACUGUGGUUGAUCCCAUUUAUUCAUGCUUGCAAACUAGACCACCUAAGAAAGAACAGAAUAAAGUGUUGACUUUGGAA